AUUUUAAAUAAUUAUAUCAUGAGCAAAAGAAAUUACAAACGACUAGUGAAAAAGCAAUCAAUUUUGUAUAGAAAUAGAAACAACGAAAAAGAGGCAACAAUUAUUAGCGAAAUUUCUUACUUUAGAGGUUGUGUGGAGACUGUUGAAGAUUUUGCGGAGCCUGUUGAAGAUUUUGUGCAGUCUUUUGAAGAUUUGUCUACUCCACAAUAUAGUUUGCGCGAAAAGUUAAAGAAGUGGUAUGUUGAAACAGGUCCUUCCAGAAAUUGUUUGGAGAAGCUGCUGGCUAUAUUACAGGAGGAAGGCCUGGAGGUUCCACUUUCGGCAGCAGCAUUGUUGGGCAAAAAGCAUCAAGUUUCAAUCAGAAAAGUUUUCCCAGGAAGUUAUUGUCACGUAGGAAUUGAAACUCAGCUAAGAAAAGUUGGAGACGUUUUAAAAAAAUAUGAAGAAAUUGAACUGGAUAUAAAUAUUGACGGAAUUCCAUUAUUUAAAAUUUCGCGAAUCCAGUUGUGGACAAUUCUUUUGAAAAUAGUUAAUUUAAAAGAGAAAGUGAAACCUUUUCCUGUAGGAAUAUAUGUAGGCGAUACCAAACCGUGUUGUGUUAAAGACUUCUUAAAAGAUUUUAUUGAGGAAGUGCUUGCGCUAAAAGAUGGAUUGAUUUUGAGUGAUAAGAAAAUUAAUAUUCUGUUCCGCUGUUUAUUAUGCGACACGCCGGCUAAAGCUUUUGUUUGUGGUGUCCCAGGACAUACUGCAUCGCAUGGUUGCACUAAGUGCACACAAGUAUCGAAGAAAGUUGGCCAUGUGCUAACAUAUAGUACUUUUAGUGGCACUUUAAUUUCCGACGCAGACUUUUCUUUAAGAAAAUAUCCAAAUCACCACAGCCACAAAUUCAAAGAUGAAAAAACUCCCCUUGAAGAAAUAGGAUUUAAUAUGGUAACGCAAACUCCUUUAGACAGCAGGCACCUUAUCGAUCUUGGAGUUACAAGAAAAAUGCUUAUUCGAAUCAUUAAGAAUAGAACAGAAGAGACGACUCCAAAAGCAAAUAUAUCCAAAAUAUCUUCUGAACUAGUGAAAUUAAGAAAAUUUUUCCCCAAGGAGUUCCCACGGAAACCUAGAUCAUUUGAUGCAAUACAUAACUGGAAGGCCACUGAAUUUCGUCAGUUCCUCGCCUAUACAGGAGUUGUUGUACUUCACAAUAACGUGCACAAAGACAUUUUCUAUGAAUUUUUGCUGUUACAUUGCGCCUAUAGACUACUGAGUAAUUCACGACAUAUUUACAAUAAUGUAAAUACAGCUAAUGAAAUACUUAAAUUAUUUGUUCAAAAUUUCCCUGUUGUAUUCGGCCCAGACAGUGUCUCUUUUAAUGUACACAAUCUAUUGCACAUAGCUUCUAGCGCAGAAACGUAUGGACCUCUCACGUCUUUUUCGGCAUACGAUUUUGAAAAUAAACUUCAAAUUUUAAAAAGACAUGUUCGAAAACCAUCGUCGAUUCAUCAACAAAUUGUGCAGAAAGAACAACUCGAUGUUGAAACUAAAAAAGAAAACUUUAAGUACAAAGGAGGUGCUAUUGUAAAAGCUUUUGUCAAUGAUUGCUUAAUUUCUUGCAAAGAACCUAAUAAUAUUUUUUCUGUUAAAGCAGAUAUUCCUGUAAAAAUUGAAGCAAUAGUAAAAGAAUGUGAUAUCUACGUUGAAGGACGGCGAGAAUUUUUUCCAACAGCCUCUCAAUUCUUGUGAAUUACGUAUUUUCAAAACAAAUCUACGUUUAGCUGCCUUCAGAAAAAUGUCGAGCCAUAAUGCCCAACUUUCCAAAGGAACACUGAAGUAUUUCCCCCAACCAGUUAAUCAAAAAUGUCACAGCUGUGAAGAACUAUCAAAAAAAUUUGACUUAUGUAAAGAUGCUGCUCAAAAGCAAUAUAAUACUUUACUUGAUAUUUUGGCGGAACACAAAGUUUUAUUGGAUCGCAUAGUUGCCCAAAAUGCAGUUUGCUCAAAUAUAAUGGGCAUUUUUCCAAUUAAUACCGAGGAAAAAUUGAAAGAAUUUGACACUAUUUUAGCUACGCAAGCAGAUCCAUAUAUACGGCAAAUCAAGUUACUUCUCGGUGGUAACGCUGAACGCAAUCUACAUCAGGUAUUUGGCCACGGUAUAAUUAUGAAUUUCAAUGUCGACGGAUCUUUCGGCAAAAAGCGUUUGCGGGAUUACGGCAAUGUGUUUACGGCUAUAAUAGUAAAACAGAAUGGAUUCAGUGGCCGGUGCACUUUUGUCUCAGGAGGAAGAACAUGCUGCAGUCAACUAUUGCAUUAAUAUACAAAGGAGAUUGCUACGAGACAGUUCUGAUCCAUUUAGCUUAAAUGACAAAAUAUUUGUAAAAAAUUUCCGCCUCAACAAAGACGCAUUUAAAAGCGUUUUAACAAUUAUGGAGGAAGAGCUUGGGCGAAAUGUAAAAUCAUCAUCGGUGACUCCUGUAAGUAGAUUGAUGGCAGUUUUGAGGUUUUUCGCUGAAGGAAGCUACCAACACGGUGUUGGGAAAGAUUUUGAUGUGGGGUUGGCGCAAUCAACGUUCUCAAAAACAUUGACAAAAACUUUAAACAUCUUGGAACGCCCAGUAUGGAUUAAAUUGUCAAUGACGGAGGAGGAGAAUAAACGAGCCAAAAUGUGGUUUUACAGGAGAACGCAAUUCCCUGGCGUUAUUAUGUGUGUGGACGGCACGCACAU